AUGGAAAGCCAAGAGGAAGCAUCGAAAGAGCCAGGGAAAAGCAAGUUCGUGACAGCCGGUGGACGGGCAGUUGCAGUGGACUGGCGGCGUCUCAAAGAUGCCCAAGCAUUUUUCGAGUCAUGCGAGACUCAAGCCCACAGUCUUCCACCCCUUUGCCGCGAUUCUGCUGUCGGUGCAGAUGCUUUGCAGUUGCCUGGAGAGCCACCUGGCUCUAGCAUUGAUGAUCAAUGCAUGAGCAGCGGUGCCCCUGUCCUGGGUAAGUUCAUGACAGCUGGCGGACGAGCAGUUUCAGUGGACACCGCAUAUCUACGAAAGAUCCAGGCUUUGUUUGAUUUAUGCGAGACUGAGAGCAGUAAAGUUUCGUGCGGUCGAGACGAUUCGGUGGGCACAGCACCACCCACCAGUUUUGUUGACAAUGAUGUUUCCGAUGCUGAUGACCCAAACGCGCAGCAUGAUACAUCUGCCGUGCUAUGUCCAGCCGGGGGCGAACCAGUUGGCAAGUUCAUGACAGCUGGCGGACGAGCAGUUUCAGUGGAUGCAGGACGCGUAAGCAAAGUGCAGCAUUUGUUUCAGUCGUCCGAGACUGAAGCCAUCAAUCUUCUGUCCAACAUUCAAGAUGACCAGGUGGCUGUGCAACAGCCUGUGUUGCAGCUGCCUCGUGCCGAAGAUCAGGGAUGCCAAACUCCCCAUUGCAAUGAUUUGCUCCAGAUUUUGAACCCACCGAGUCUGACACACUCUGAGAGCAGCCUCCACAUUGGCCCUGCAAGCAACGACUCGACAACACAUGGCCAACAUAACCAGAAUGAUGUGUUUGCAUCGCGCGAAGCAGUGGACAAGUUCAUGACAAGUGAAGGACGGGCGGAUUCAGCGACUGGACAGUUACAUGAAUCACUCGCUUUGUUUGAGCUUCGUGAGCCCAGAGCCAGCAGGCUUCGGUCCCGCAGUCGAGACCACUCGGCUAGCCGUGCUCCUUGGCAGCGGCAUCAGCCAAGCCCAGACACUAGGGACCACCCUGGGCAUACUGGAGAUGUUUUCGCCGCUGAUGACCCAAACGCGCAGCAUGAUACAUCUGCCAUGCUAUGUCGAGCCAGGGGCGAAGAACCAGUUGGCAAGUUCAUGACAGCUGGCGGACGAGCAGUUUCAGUGGAUGCAGGACGCAUAAGCAAAGUGCAGCAUUUGUUUCAGUCGUCCGAGGCUGAAGCCAUCAAUCUUCUGUCCAAUGUUCAAGAUGACCAGGUAGCCGUGCUACAGCCUGUGUUGCAGCUGCCUCUUGUUGGGAUGAUACGGCCUCUGCCUCAAGCGGCUUCAGAAGGCAGUGAGCAAGCAGUCGGUGGAAAGACCACAGCCUCACAAGCCUUGUGCAGCCAGAACCCAAGAGUCGAUCGAGAGAAUGCACACAGCGGAAAGCUGGAGCCUGCAAGCACUGCAAGCAUUCUCGGAGAGGCAGAGGCCGAGGCUCAGGAGCCGGCCCUAAGCCCUAUCUGCCCUCGUGUUCGGCCACAGGAUGCGGUUCAUUUCAGUGAGGAUGGAUUUGAUGGGCUCUCCGGCAUGGGCAGCGGUAAGCGUCUCUUGGCAAACGAUUUGCUGGCCUCUCAUGGGGAAGAUCUUGAAGAGCAUGUGCCAGUCACGGAUAUCUCUUUGAUUGAUUGGGUGGCUGGCCCGGCUCCUCCCUCGAUUGUCCAAGGUUUCGCAGAGGAAUGUUGCGCAGAGUCCAUUAAGAUCUCAUCCAGGUAUGAGGACAGAUGGUUGCGGAAUCAUCUGGCACAGUUGGCACUUCUGUCAUUACGAUCGAUGGAUGCCGUUUCGCGAGACCUCAAGUCGAUAUGCAAGCGUCUAGGAAAGCGAGCCCGAGCAGAGAUUGCUGGGAGAAGGUCUGCAAUUUUCCAGAUCUGCACGGGACUGGCUCCAGCCGAUCAGCACAUGGUAUUGAUGUGCACCGCAACUAUGCCAGAGUGGACAAAUGCAGGCAGCGGAAAGCACCAACGCCUUGCCUAUGCAUACGAAGACGCUUGGAUCGAGCUGAGCGACGGCUGGUAUUUCAUCAAGGCUAGCUUGGAUGCAGAAUUGCACGAUCGGGUCCGCCGACAUCAGCUUCGCUCCGGAAGGUUGCUCCACAUUUGCAUGGCCAGUGCCGUGGACUUCCCAAUUGAUGGCAGUGACCCAUUACAGCUGCCAGUGCCCGAGAUGGACCCUGGCAAGUUGCAGCUCCAGGCUCUCACAGCAUGGACCUUCGUGGCCUUGCUGGCUAUACCUGGAACGCAUUUCAUAGAGCAGGACAGGCAGGAGAGCUUGGCACGAGCGCAAAGUGCAGACAAACUGCCGCUGGCAGAAGUCCCUUACAGGAACGCCCGGUUGCAGCACCAGCAUGGUGCGGAACGUGCCACCAUUGGCCCGUUGCUGCAGUCCCCGUUCGGCAGAGGUCCACCGCUUUUUGCAAGUCCUCAAGCGGCACCAGCUGGCCACUUCAGGGGCUUCUUGUGCGACUUGAUUGGGGUGGCGGUUCAGGCAUCGAAGCUGCGCAGAACCACUAGUGGCCGCCAGACCUGCGUCUUGUACCUCCUCACACCUUCGCUGAACAUUUGUCAGAUCUUCGUGCAGCAGCCCUCCAGCAAGCUCGAUGUGAAGCAUACACCUCGCCUCAUGGAUGUCCAAAGAUCCUGGAAUGAGCUUGCCGAAGCGGCCUUUGCUGCUGCACAUCAAGCAAGGUUGCCAACACCUCUGGCCGUGCAGAAUGUAGCUUUCGAACAGUCUCCGAGCAGCGAUGUAGCAUAUUUCAACGGAAGAGCACUUCAAAUUAUCGUUUCGUCUUCGCCUCGUGAUGCGCAGCUGCGGCACAUCCUGGACUUGUCCUUCGUGUCUCCAGCGGAUUUUCUGAGCGCACGCAGCCGUUGCCAAGCAAAUCUGGCCUAG